UCCGUUUUCAAAAUACUAUUUGCACGUGUUUACGAGAACAUAAUAAAAUAUUUUACAAAAAUUAAAACUAAGGAUAUAAUUUUGUGUGCAAGAACGUUAAAUAAUGUCGAAAACGAUCAAACAUUUAGUUGUCGAUACGACAGCUUUUAUAAAAGCUGAGAAUCUUUUAAAUAUAGCUGAAAACGUUUACACGGUUCAAGAAGUUAUUGACGAAAUAACAAAUGAUAGACAACGUAGAAAACUUGUCGUUCUUCCGUACGAUAUUAAUGUUAAAGAUGUUUUCACUGAAAGCAUUAAAUUCGUCACAGACUUUUCAAAGAAGACUGGAGAUUACACGAGCUUAUCUGCUACCGAUAUAAAGGUAAUAGCUCUAACUUAUCAACUGGAGAAAGAAAAAGUUGGUACAGAACAUCUUAAAUCUGAGCCCACAAUGCAGAAGACUAUUAAAGUAAGUGGUUUAUCCAAUUUCAAUCUACAUCCAGAAGUUGGUAAUAUUGAUAAUGAAACUACAAUAAAACAAGAAGAUGAUUCAAAAAGCAAUGAAGAUGCUUCUGAAGUUGAAAAAUCCAAUGAAAAUGUAGUCAAAGAGAAUAAAACCUCAGAAUGUCAAACAGAUUCAAAUGAAUAUAAGAUUGAAGAUGAACUGGCUGAAGAUAUUGCUGAACAAAUAAAAAACAUUGAUUUAAAAGAUGACAGUGAACUAAAUAAUGUAAUGGUGAAAGUUUCCGAUGAGGAAGAUGAUUCAGAAAGUGAGGAAGAAUCAGACAGUGAAGGAGAAGAAUGGAUAACACCAUCAAAUUUAGCACAAAAGAAAAAAGACAUGGAGAUGGGAGAGUUUGAAGAAAAGGAUGUAGAAGUUGCUUGUAUUACAUCAGACUUUGCUAUGCAGAAUGUCUUAAAACAAAUAGGUUUAAAUGUAACAGCUAUAGAUGGUAGAAUAAUCAGACAACUCCGUACAUUUAUUUUCCGUUGCACAACAUGUUUUAAAACAACCAGCGUUAUGACUAAGUUGUUUUGUUCGAAAUGUGGACAUGCUACAUUAAAAAAGGUAGGAGUGAGUGUUGACGAUGAAGGUAAUCAACAUAUCCAUAUUAAUGGACGUAAACCUCUCACAGCUAGAGGUAAACGGUUUAGUUUACCAACUCCAAAAGGUGGUCAACACUUCCAAUAUCCAAUAUUGACGGAAGAUCAGCAUAUACAUAAGAGAUUUGCAACAAAACUGGCACGCAAGAAAACGAAUGCAAUGGACCCAGAUUAUACAGCGGGGUACUCACCGUUUGCUAUUAAAGAUGUCAACUCUAAAUCUGCAGUUUUAGGCAUCAGGGCUGACAAACAAGAUGUUAAAUAUUGGAUGAAAAAUUUCUCAAAGGGAAAGAAAAAAUAAUAAAAAAAAAAUUAACAC